AUGGCAACCACGACGACUUUCUCGACCGAUCCCGCCCUCUGGAUCUUCACCUCCCUGACCGCCGGUAACUCCCACAUCGUCACCGCCACCUCGCGACUCGAGACCAUCCUCCGCGCCAAUCGCGUGCCCUUCAAGGCCAUCGACAUCGCGACCGAUGAGAAGGCUCGCAUGCUAUGGGGCCGCCGCGCCGGCAAGGACGCCACCGGUCGUGUGAGGAGGCUUCCAGGCCUCGUGCAAGAGGGUCUGGUGCUCGGCGACCUAUUCGAAAUCGAAGAAUGGAACGAGUACGGCGAGCUCAAGCAGCACGUCAAGAUUUACUACGACGAGUUCACCAUCCCUAACAUUCACAACAAGCCGAAGAUUAUCAAGAAGGUCUACAAGAAGAAGGUCCCUGCAGCAGGCGCCGAAGGCGAAGCAUCCACCUCUGCCCCUGCGCCCCCCGCACCCCCGGCCGCACCACCGCUGCCCAAGAACGAAACCUAUGACGCUGCCGCAAAGCCCGCCGCCCAGCCGAAGCCCGCAGCCGCCGGCAGCUCGACCGCUCUCCCCGUGCGCUCCAUCGCCGACGAGGCAGCAGCGAAGGCUAAGCAACUCCGCCUGCAGUCGCUGCGCGACAAGGUCCACGGCAAGAAGGAUGAUAAGAAGCCCGAGGACGCCGCGACCGCGUCUGCAGAGACGCCCGCCGAGCCGGAAAAGAAGGCAGAGACACCCACCGCUGCCGCCACGGAAGAGACGCCCCGAAAGCCCUCAGUAGCCAGCGCAACUAGCGACGCUUCGGCAGCGUCCAAGCCCGCCGGUCUGCAAUCUCCGACCUCGGGCUCCUGGGGCGCUUCGAUCACCAACCCCGACGCCCUCCGCGAGACCCUGCAGUCCCCGACGUCGGCCCGUUGGAAGCCUUCGGACGUCGACAAGCCCGUCACUUCGCACAUGGGCGCCCAGGUGGCGUCCGCGUCUCAGGAGGAGAUCGCGGCAGUCGAGAAGGCCGAGGCCAUUAAGGAAGAGCCCGGGAAGGAAUCGACAUCCGAGGAAUCUUCUGAGGACGAUGAGAAGGAAGAGGAGGCAGCAAAGGCCCCGGUCGCGAAAGAAGUUCCCGAAGAUAAGAAGGAGGCUCCUACGGCACCCGUUGUGAAGGAAGUUCCCAAAGAGAAGAUUGCCGAGGUGGAGAAAGCGCAGGCCAUCCCAGAGGACCCAAAGAAGGAAGAAGAAGAAGCUGAGGAGGAGGAGGACGACGAUGAUGAGGACGACAGCGAUGAGAGUGAUGAGAGUGAUGAUAAGCCGGAGACAAAGAAGACCGAGGCGCCCAAGGCCGAGACCAAGGGCGAUGCUACUACUGAAAAGGCUGAGGCCAAGUCGGAGGAUAAAGCGGAAGCCAAGGCGGAAGAGAAGAAGUGA